CUCUGCUAUUGUAUGCUUUGCUCUCUUUUUCAGGUUUUUGGGUAGUAGUUGGUUUUUAUUGGACCAGAUGCCAUUGGCCGUCAGUGCCAAUCUUAGUCGAUCAUUGGCCCAAUUAAUCAUUUGCCCUGCAAGGUAACAGCCUUGCAGUAGUAUACCUUGGUAAGUGAUUCAGGUGACACGGAUCUGUUUUACUUGAUCAUCGAUACUCCACCAAAUGAAUUAAGGAUUUUGGGUAGCAGUUCCACCCAUGUUCCUUUGCAAGGUUAAAAAGGAGUUCCUAUGCAAUCUCCCCUGCCAGCAAAUAUACAACGUCGCAAUUGAAAGGAAAGGGAAACAGAUAUGGGGAUGGGAGAAGAAGCACAGGAAGGUUUCGCAACGAUGGCGAACCCUGGCAAAGCUACAAUUCUGGCUCUCGGCAAGGCCUUCCCUCACCAGCUUGUCAUGCAAGAGUUUCUGGUUGAUGGUUAUUUUAAGAACACCAACUGCGAUGACCCAGAACUUAAACGGAAGCUAAGCCGACUCUGCAAGACAACUACUGUUAAAACAAGGUAUGUGGUCAUGUCGGAUGAAAUCCUGAAGAAGUACCCAGAGCUUGCCAUCGAAGGCCUCCCCACCGUAAAGCAACGUUUAGAUAUCUGCAACAAUGCUGUCACGGAGAUGGCCAUUGAAGCCUCACGAGCUUGCAUCAAAAAAUGGGGCAGGCCCAUCUCAGACAUAACCCACUUAGUCUAUGUCUCCUCAAGUGAAGCUCGGCUGCCUGGUGGUGAUCUUUUCCUUGCAAAAGGACUUGGACUCAGCCCUGAGACUCAACGGGUCAUGCUCUAUUUCAUGGGCUGCUCUGGAGGUGUGGCUGGUCUACGCGUUGCAAAAGACAUUGCCGAGAACAAUCCUGGCAGCCGGGUCUUACUGGCUACUUCUGAAACUACCAUUAUUGGGUUCAAACCUCCUAGUGCAGAUAGACCGUAUGACCUGGUUGGUGUGGCACUUUUUGGAGAUGGUGCAGGAGCUAUGAUCAUUGGCUCUGACCCUGUUUUGAGCAUUGAGAGGCCUCUCUUCGAGCUUCACACGGCAAUGCAAAAUUUCUUGCCGAAUACUGAAAAGACAAUUGAUGGGAAGCUUACAGAAGAAGGUAUUAGUUUCAAACUAGCAAGGGAGCUUCCCCAGAUAAUUGAAGAUAAUGUUGAAGGUUUCUGUGAAAAGUUGAUGGGAAUUGUAGGAUUGACUGACAAGGACUACAACAACAUGUUUUGGGCAGUUCAUCCUGGUGGGCCUGCAAUCUUGAACCGAAUGGAAAAACGACUAGACUUGUUCCCAGAGAAACUAAAUGCCAGUAGAAGAGCUCUGAUGGAUUACGGAAAUGCUAGCAGUAACACGAUUGUGUAUGUGCUGGAGUACAUGAUAGAAGAGAGCUUGAAGAGAAAGACAGAGAGCCGUGAAGAUAGUGAAUGGGGAUUGAUUUUAGCUUUUGGACCCGGGGUUACCUUCGAGGGAAUUCUUGCCAGGAAUCUGACAGUACAAGAAUAAUGUCUAAAAAGCUGGUAUCUUCCACUGUUAUCAUUGUGCAAAUUAAUUACGUGUUAUAAGCAAAGGGAAUCCUCCUCAACCAUUUACCGUUCCGAAGAAAAAUC